GAUAGUACUUGAUAGUUUGAUAGCACCGUUCCUGGGGUUUACCGGCUAUUGAGAGAUAACGAUUUCUGGAUUAGGAAUCACAAGCCAAGAAGCGUGUAGCCAAAGGAAGGAUGACGUACGUUGCUAGGAGGAUAUUCCAUACACAAUUGGGUAAGGAACUUCGUUAUUUCUCCCGCACCAACAGUGGUACACCUAGGCGCCGUGUUGUUGUUACUGGAACUGGAGCAGUUUCUCCUUUGGCGAAUAAUGUACCUUUAUCCUGGUCCCGCAUCCUAGCGGGCGAAUCAGCUAUUUCAAGCUUAAGUGACAAAUUCAAGGGACUGCCAUGCCAAGUGGCAGGUCAGAUUAAUCGCGACCAACUACCAAUUGAAAAUCAUUUUAGCAAAAGUGAUCUGAAAAUAAUGAGCGGGGCAACACAGUUAGCAAUGAUUGCAGCAGAAGAGGCACUAUCCAAUGCCAAAUUAAAGACGAGCGAAUUCACAACGGAACAACAAGAACGAUUUGGUGUAUGCGUGGGCAUGGGCAUGUUCGACCUAACCGAAGUGUAUGGCGCUUGGCAACAGUUGCAACGCGGUUACAACCGUGUAAGUCCCUACUUUGUACCCCGUCUGUUACCUAAUAUGGCAUGCGGCCAUAUAAGCAUGCGACAUGGCUUACGCGGUCCGAAUCAUUCUGUGUCAACGGCUUGCGCGACAGGAGCACAUGCCAUUGGGGAUGCAUUGCGAUUCAUUCGAAAUGGCGACGCAGAUGCAAUGUUAGCCGGAAGCGGCGAAUCCUGCAUUGAUCCACUAUCCAUUGCAGGAUUUUGUAGAUUGCGCGCGCUUAGUACAACACAUAACGGUACACCAUUGAGCUCUUCGCGCCCUUUCGAUAAACAACGAGAUGGUUUUGUGAUGGGUGAAGGUGCAGCUAUACUGGUCCUUGAAGAGCUGGAACAUGCUCGCAAACGUGGUGCACCCAUACUGGCUGAAUUACUAGGUUAUGGAGUAUCCGGUGAUGCGCACCAUAUUACUUCGCCCAGUGAGGAUGGUACUGGUGCCGCAUUAGCAAUGCAACGUGCAAUAAUUGAUGCAGGUGUGCAAUCAACAGACAUUACUUAUGUAAACGCACAUGCGACAUCCACACCAACAGGUGAUCGCAUUGAAGCUCAUGCUAUACAACGAGUUUUUGGCGAGCAUGCAUCACAGGUGCGAGUGUCGUCCACAAAAGGUGCCCACGGACAUUUGCUGGGCUCAUCGGGCAAUUUAGAAGCAGUUUUCGUUGUUCAAGCAUGUGCAGAAAACCAACUUCCGCCAUCUAUUAAUAUUGAACACUUGGAUGAGAGCAUUAGUGUGCCAAUAGUACAGAGCAAAUCAGAGAAGUGGCAUCAAGAUACGAAAGCGCGAAGGAUUGCAUUGAAAAAUUCGUUUGGAUUUGGUGGCACAAACGCUUCAAUUUGCAUAGCUGAUUAUCGAGAUUAAACUCGGUUGGUAGAUUGUUGAAUUUUUUCUUUUAUGUAAUACAUAUAUUUAGUUAUGA